AUGUCGGGAUCAAAGAAAUUGAUACUGCGUGUGCAGUCACCGGAGGGUACAACACGCCUCGAAAUGCAGGACACGGACGUGACGGCACAGUUGUUCGAGCGUGUCUAUGAGAGCCUGCACUUAAACACAUUCGCUUUUGUGCUCCACAAAGACAGACAGCGAAAAGAGGAGAUUACAUCGAGCAAAUCACGUCGGCUGUGCGACUACGGCCUGCAGCACGGAGACAUGUUGUAUUUGAACCCUGUCAAUGGUGCAGUGCUGUUCGAUCAGCCAUCCACAAGUGGCGAUGCCAAUAACAAACCAUUUGGCGAGCCAGUAGUAGCGGGACCUUCUAGCUCAAAUGUUGCUGCAGUCGCUGUUCCUACCACAGUCACACGGCCUAGCAUGCCACAGGAAGAUGAGGUAGACUUGCAGCUGUAUCGCAUGUCUGGUAGCAUUCAGAGACACAGAGAUGAGAAAUUAUGCCGACACAACUCGAAAGGUUGCUGCGUGCACUGCUCACCAAUAGAACCAUGGGACGAAGGCUAUCUAAAAGAACACAAUAUAAAACAUUUGUCAUUCCAUGCAUACCUGCGUAAAAUUACAUCGGGCAAUUUUAUCUCAUUAGAUGAACUCUCCUGCAAAAUCAAACCAGGUUGCUCGGAGCACCCACCCUGGCCACGCGGCAUAUGCUCAAAGUGUCAACCGGGCGCUGUGACUUUAAAUCGUCAGCCCUACCGUCACGUGGACAAUGUCUUAUUUGAGCACCCUGCCAUCGUAGAACGCUUUCUAGCCUACUGGCGCGCCACCGGCCAUCAGCGGAUCGGAUUUCUUUACGGACAGUACGAGAGACAUCCUGAUGUACCACUCGGUAUCCGAGCUCGUGUAGCGUGUAUUUACGAGCCACCGCAGGUUUCAUCGCGGGAUGGCGUUUCGCUCCAACCCGAUCCUCGCGAGUCGCUGUUGACUGCGCUGGUCCAGCGGCUGGGCCUACGCCGCGUGGGUUGGAUCUUUACAGACCUGCUGCCCCUGGAUGUUGCUACUGGCACUGUCAAACACAUACGAGGCGUCGAUACGCAUUUCCUGUCGGCCCAGGAAUGCAUUAUGGCGGGCCACUAUCAGAACCUGCACCCCAACGAGUGUCGCCACGCCUCUUCCGGCUAUUUCGGCUCAAAAUUUGUCACGGUUUGCGUCACAGGCGACAGCAAUCACCAGGUGCACCUGGAGGGCUACCAGGUAUCGGGCCAGUGCCAGGCGCUGGUGCGCGACGAGAUUCUGCUGCCGACGCGCGACGCGCCCGAGCUGGGCUACAUCCGGGACUCGUCCGACGCUCAGUACGUGCCCGAUGUCUACUACAAGGUUAGUGGUAUGAAGUGCUCAGGCGACUGGAGCUGCCAGGUGUUAGCGGUGCUAGAUGCUGGGGAUGAUUUAUUACGAGAUCCGUCUCACACGUUUUUUCAGCCGUGCGGGUUAGGAUGA